GAGCUGCCACACUGGGCCUCUCCCAGAGCCACCAGUUGCGUCGGCUGCGCCGUGGAAUCACCCUUCCGACGACUUCGACGACGGCGGCAAGCAUCAGCGAGCGCGGCCACCGCGUCCCGGCGCGUCGCUGAAUCGGUCAAUUCCGCGUCGCCCCCACUGCCUCCCACCUACCCAUCCCGCAACCGGUGGGAGGGGGGCCAUGAAGAAGUCGUUGUGCUUCCGCGGCUCCGCUGCGAAGAGGGCGGGACGGACGCCGAUGGCGGACUGGUGCGUCUUCUGCGACAUCGGCCGCCGCGCCCCCGCUUCCACCGCCGUCCUCCUCUACUCCGAUGACAAGGUCGUGGCGUUCCAGGACAUCAAUCCGUCGGCGUUCAGGCACUAUCUUGUCAUACCCGUUGAGCAUAUACCAACUGUAAAAAAUCUCCAAAGAACCAACGAAGAUCACCAGUUAGUUAGUCACAUGGUGAAGGUGGGAAAAGAUUUACUCAGUCGAGAUGCUCCCAAAUCUGAGGAACAUAGAUUUGGUUUUCAUCAGCCACCAUUUAAUAGUAUUGAUCACCUCCAUCUUCACUGCCUGGCAUUGCCAUUUAUACCCAGUUGGAGGCAAGUAAAAUAUACACCGUUGGGUCCCUUAGGGGGCUUUAUUGAUGCUGAGAAGGUAUUGGAAAAAAUAAAACCAGAAACAGAAGUUUACAGUUAAUAAAAGUAUUUAGACUGGUACUGGCUAUUCCUGCUUAUUAACGUUCUUCUACUUUUUUGCUUGUACGAUCAUUUGUAUGUGGUCUGUAUCCCUAUUACUAUUCUUGGAUCGCUGUAAAUUCGAAAGACUUCGUCAGAAAUGCUAUACUUCAUGUCUUCGUCCUGAA